AUGUCCCUAGGGACUUUUUUGCAGGACGAGAACUAUGGCUCUUGGGCAGAUGAGAUGGAGGAUAUGCCCCUCCCUACCUCCGACGCAAGACCAAGCUAUGGGUCAGAACGACGAGCAUUCAGCACCACUACUGGCAUGGGCAAUGGUUAUGCAGAGCGCCGCGACACAUUCCCCGCUAGAGAACAACUCCCCCUUCCCACGCAGCCGCCAUUCACCGCACAUCUUGCGAAUCUAUCAUUCGACGCUACGCAGGGAGAUAUAAAUGACUUCUUUAGAGAUUGUCAGGUCACAAAUGUCCGCAUUGUUGAAGACAAGCAAGAUCGCAAGCCUAAAGGAUUCGGUUACGUUGAAUUUGCAACGUUGGAUGGUCUUAAGGCUGCGUUGGCUCUCAGCGGCAGUAACCUGGCAGGUCGUCAGGUCCGUAUCAGCGUUGCAGAACCACCAAAGGAGAGACAUGAGACCCGGGACUUCAGUGACUGGUCAAGAAAAGGACCUCUUCCAGAUUUGCCGGGUCAACGCAGAGUUUCCGACAGGCCAGGAGGGUAUGGAGGCCGAAGCUUUGACAACAUGUCAGACGCUGGCAGUGAGAGGGGCCACGGCGAACGAGGCCAUCGGCGUGGGUUUGGGGAAGGAGAUGGAAAGGUCCGGGACUUCUCGAAUUGGGAAAGAAAAGGUCCGUUAUCACCGGUCACCCCUGGACCCACAAGUCUGCGUGAGGGUGGUAGACAAGGAAGCAAGGAAGGCUACGGCUUCCGCAAGAACUCGCCAUCCUGGGGCGAGGGGAGAUCACAAGACGGGUCUCGACCCCCAAGACGCGAAUAUGCUGAACGCCCCCCUCCUGAGCGACAGCCGACUGCAUCCGAACUUGAUAGUCAAUGGCGCGCUCGAAUGAGGCCUGAUACCGCCAAAGCCCCGACUCCCGAAGCCAGCGAGCCUUCCUCUCCUGCGGCGCCGCCCGCUCCAGCGACCAGGCCGAAACUGAAUCUGCAGAAGAGAACUGUUUCCGAAACGGAACCGGUAGCAUCCCCGGUUCCGAUUGCAGAUUCCAAAUCGAGCCCCUUUGGAGCAGCUCGUCCGGUUGACACGGCGUCCAAAGAGAAGGAAGUUGAACAAAAGCGCCAACUUGCGAUCCGGCAGAAAAGGGAAGCCGAGGAAAAGGCAAAGGCUGAAAGAGCCGAGGAAAAGAGACUGGCAAAGGAAAAAGCUGAGUCGGAUAAAGAGCGAGUCAAGGAAACGACCGGCAAGGAGAGCAAGGAACCCAAAGAGCCCAAGGACCCCAACGCCGCGAAAGAGAACGGCGAGGACAACGCACAAUCUACGCCAAAAUUUGACAUCCUCCGCCGUGCUGACUCGGGCAUGAACGACAUGGUUGCAGAUGAUGAAAACGAUGAUGAGGGUGAAGAACAGCCUCAACCAAUGAACGACAAAGCAGUUAAGCCUAAGGAAAUUGUGCAGACCCCUACUUCUGCGAAGACCAACGGCUCUUGGAGGAAUGUACCGGCGGCCCAGCCUCCCGCAGCCAGCACUGCUACAGAGCUGGAAGAAGAUGGCUGGAGCACGGUGUCCAAGCCGCAAAAGCAACGCGGCAACCGGCGAUACGGACCGUCCAGAGGAGCGGCGUCCUAA